AUGUUGUUUGUGUUUCCAUUUCUCAUUCUUCAUUUUGGUUUUGAGGAUAUCCAAGAGGAGAAUAUCAAAUGCACCAAUAGCACAAGGAAUAAACCCAUUAUGGUCAUGGAAUUCUGGGUUGGCUGGUUUGACACAUGGGGAGGUAAACAUAUAAUUAAAAAUGCUGAAGAUGUUGAGGAUACUGUGUCCAAAUUUAUCACAUCUGAAAUCUCCUUCAAUGUAUAUAUGUUCCAUGGUGGAACCAACUUCGGUUUCAUGAAUGGGGCCACAUAUUUUGGGAAACACAGAGGUGUUGUCACUAGUUAUGACUAUGAUGCUGUGCUGACAGAGGCUGGGGAUUACACAGAAAAAUAUUUCAAGCUUCGAAAACUCUUUGGAUCUGUUGUAGCAGUGCAUCUGCCCCCUUUAUCCAAGCUCUCUCCCAAGGCUGAGUAUCCCGCUGUGAAACCAUCCCUUUAUUUGCCACUGUGGGAUGUUCUACAGUACUUAAAUAAGCCUGUUACAUCUCAUACACCAGUCAACAUGGAGAGCCUCCCUAUAAACAAUGGGAAUGGCCAGUCCUAUGGAUUAGUGCUUUAUGAGACUUUUAUCUGCUGUGGAGGUUCUCUCCAUGCUAAUGUUCAAGAUACAGCACAGGUGUUUUUGAAUGAGAAAAAUAUAGGACUUCUGGGUGAUGGUAUUAAGAAGUUGAACAUUCCUAAAAUCAGGGAAUGUCAACUUCUAAGAAUCCUGGUGGAGAAUCAAGGACGAGUCAAUUUCUCAUGGAAAAUUCAAGAUCAGCGGAAAGGAUUAACUGGAUCUGUCACUAUUGAUAACAUUCCCUUGAACGGUUUUAUUAUCUACUCUCUGGAGAUGACCAUGAGCUUCUUUGAAAGGCUCCGCUCUGCCACCUGGAAGCCUGUCCGAAAAAACUAUUCAGGCCCUGCCUUCUACCUUGGUACCUUGAAGGCUGGCUCUUCACCCAAGGACACUUUCCUGAGACUACUUGUAAGUGAGCUGACCUAA